AUGUCUUUGGAAUAUGCAAAGAAACUGGUGCACCCGGAGGAAUCCCAUGCGAUCACAGAGAGAAUGUAUAAUCUCCUUACAGACAGCGGUGGAAACUGAUCCCCGAUCACUGGUGAGAAACGAUCCAGUAGAGUGUGAUCUCCCGGCUAUUCUACUAAUGGAGAAGGAGCAUUGCCUUCAAACAUUGUCAGGCAACCAAAUCCACCCUGAAUCGCAGAAGCUUGAAGUAGAGUGUGAUGGAAUGUGGGACAACAUGACGUGCUGGCCCUCCUCCUCAUUGGGAAAGACUGUUGCUGUACCUUGUCCCAAGGUGAUUUAUCUUUUGACUCAUAAAGAAGGCUUCCUUUACCGAAACUGUACGAGUGAAGGUUGGUCAGAUACAUUCCCUGGAUACAAAGCAGCUUGUGGAUAUGAUGUGAAUGAUACCACAAGUGACGUCAAGACUGCAAACUAUAUGAAUAUGAAGAUCAUGUAUACAGUAGGAUACAGUACAUCCUUAGUAUCCUUGUCCAUUGCAGUAGCAAUUAUUGGAUUAUUGAGGAAACUUCAUUGCACCAGGAAUUACAUUCACAUGCAUCUCUUUGUGUCACACAUGCUUCGUGCAGUUUCCGUCUUCAUAAAAGACAGCAUCCUGUUUUCCAAUAAGGAAGUUGAUCAUUGCAGUGCUUACUCGGUUGAAUGCAAAUUUGCUAUCGUUUUCUUUCAAUACUGUACUCUGGCUAACUUUAGCUGGUUGCUUGUGGAAGCACUGUAUCUGCACACACUCUUGGUGGUAUCUGCGUAUCCGCAGAAGUAUUUCAGGUGGUUCAUUAUUCUAGGAUGGGGUGCCCCAGCACUUUUUAUUCUACCUUGGGCAAUUAUGAGAAGCUUUUAUGAAAACAUUGGCUGCUGGGAUAUUAAUUCAAAUGAAUUCAUAUGGUGGAUUAUUAAGGGACCUGUAAUUUUAUCUAUUUUUAUCAGCUUUGUGCUCUUUGUUCACAUCAUCAGCAUAUUAAUCAAAAAGCUAAAGGCACCUGAUGUUGUGAGGAAUGAAUUUAACCAAUACAAGAGACUUGCAAAGUCAACUUUCUUGUUAAUCCCCUUGUUUGGAAUCCACUAUAUCAUUUUUGCAUUUUUCCCGGAUAAAGAAAGCAACCUCGCAACAGAUUCACGAAUAGGCUUUGAUCUCUUUUUUGGAUCAUUUCAGGGCUCCGCUGUUGCAGUCCUUUACUGUUUCCUUAAUGGCGAAGUUCAAACUGAAAUCAAAAAAAAAUGGAGACGGUGGAAGCAGAAGAAAUAUUUAGCUGCUGAUUCACAAAACCGACACAGUUCCAUAAUGAGCAGUGGAAUGACUGGUGGGACACGGGCAUCUCUGCUGACAAGUUCCACUUCCAAGGAACAAGAACUUGUUUUCCAGGAAUCAAAUGUUCUUUAAAGGAGCGAAUAUGAUAUUGUAGUUCAAGUGAUUUACUUAACUGUGAACAAUUUGAGAAUACAUAAUGCUGCUAUUUGUAGAUCAGGUGCCAGGCUUGACAGAUCUGCUGGGAAGUAUAAACUGUCCCAAAAUGGUUUGCCUGGUGAGUCGGUGUUUGUGUUAAAUGCUUAUUAAGGAUUGUUAUUCUGAUUAAGAAGGGUCAUGAUCAGAUAUACAAAAUAUGCAUGUGUGGAUUAUGUGUGACUAUACACAUGUAUAUUUUGUAUGCAAGCAAGUUACAUUCAUUUUGUUCUAUCCAUUAGCUAUAAAUUUAUGGAGCAGGUAUUUUGUAAAGUAUUGUUGAACUAUUUUCCAGUCAAACUUGGUAAUGUCUGAAGCAGGAGUUCCCAAAGUUUUUUAUGCCGUGGACCCCUACCAUCAACCGAGGGGUCCAUGAACCCCAGGUUGGGAACCUUUGGCCAGAAAUGUGUGUGGUUCAUGUUUUAGAAAAAGAGAGUCAUAACACUAACUCAUUGAUAAUAUCGCCUUUGUCAACAUAGGGAAGCCUAUGGGAUAAAUUGUGUAGACAAGGAAAGCAAGAGGGAGAUCCAUCAGAACCAACCGGUGAGGAUGAGAUAGACAUAUUGGUCUGUCAACAUCCACUGUAGCUGGUGCUAGUCCCCAGUGAUAGUCUACAUUCUCUGCACUGGCUAGGAUGCUGCCCUGAACCUCACAUUUCAAUGCCCAACGCCAGACCUCACUGGCAUCCUCUCCAAACUAAUCCACAGCAAUAUCACUUCAACCAUUUCAUCACUAUGGGAGUCUCAAAGGAAGGCUGAGCCCUCAGGCAGGUUUCUAACAUGGCUGUCCUAUUAUCCUAUCUACCUAUAAUGCUAUAAUGAUCUUCUUAACACUGAUUUUAAUACUCUCAUUCUUGAAAACACACCCUGAGUGAUAAAUAGUAGUAGGCCCUCUGUGGACUGGGGUUGACCGUGGAUGCUGUGUCCUAGCCCAUGCAGUACGAUACGGAGAGCAAGCUGAUGCCCAUGCACCAGGCUCCCCUCUCCACGUGGCUGAUGAAUCCAAAAGAACGGCGGAGACUGAUACAGUUUAGCACCAGCAGUGUCGCAGGGGUUGCCAGUCAACGUCGAAUUCAGUGUAGGGACUCCAGCUCCGGAUUUUUUCCUCAGAGGUUACUCCUGAAGCCUUCCCCGUGAGUGGGUAUAGCUGCAAAGCAGCGGAAGCUUGAGAACAGUUUCCCCUCUCUUACAUGAGCUGCCAACCACGGCUGACAAGCCCCAUCUACCUGAAGCGACUGGUUUUAAGGCGCCAGUAACCCAGCUUUGUCCCUUGUCCUGUCAGUAGAAACAGUUCCCCUGGGCUUAGUAGCUAAGCUACACAUGAAGGCCAGGAGAUGGACAUGGUUGUCAGAGGCUAUUUGAGGUGCUCGCCAUUAGAGCAUUUAAUAGGUAGUGGGAGCUUGUCCCCACAACCUCCCCCAGCCAUGACAAUCUUAAGACACUAGUAACUUGUAAUUACUAGUGUCUUAUGUAACUUCUGUGGCACCUGGCCGAGUGGUUAGGGCUUUGGACUAGCGAUCUGAAGGUCGUGGGUUUGAGCCUCGGCCGAGGCAGUGUGUGUGUCCUUGAGCAAGACACUUAACCACACAAUGCUCCAGUCUACCCAGCUGAGAAUGGGUACCAGCAAGAAUACUGGGGGUUAACCUCAUGAUAGACUGGCGUCCUAUCCCGGGGGGGAGUCUCGUACUCUCAGUCGCUUCACGCCACAGAAACCGGCCUGAUUGGCCACAAGGCUCAGGACAGACUUUAAUCAUUAAACUUGUAAUUAUAGAUCUAUCAAAUAUAACAGUAAUUAAAUGGGAGGAAUAAUUUUCAUUUUUCAGAAAGUAGUUGUGCUGUGAAACCCAGCAUUUAUUGCCUAAUUCUGUAUUACCCUUCAGUAGGUGAGCAGCCACAUUAAAUAGCUGCAGUCCUUUCACACAGAUCCUCCCACACCACUGAUAGGGAAGAGAGUUCCAGUAAUUAGAUAUAUUUAUUGUGUGGGAUUGGGAGGGGUACCUGCUAGUGAUGGUGGUUUCAUAUGCAUGAAGCUCUUGUCCUUUUUGAUAGUAAAAGUCAUUAGUUUGGACGUUGUUAUCAGGGUUGCCUAAACAAGUAUCUGCAGUGCAUGUUCUACAUGAUUAUUCUUGGCUAGUCAGGAUAUGAAGGGAUGCAGGAGAAGGCAGGAGAUUGGGGCUGAGGGAGAAAAGGGAUCAGCUAUAAUGAAAUGGUGGUGCAGACUCAAUGGGCCAAAUGGUCUAAUUCUGCUCCUACAUCUUAGGGUCUUAUGGUCACCACCUGUUGUCCACGUCCUCUAGUUUUUUUGUUUGUCUUUCCCUGAGUAAAAGUGCACUCACCAGCUCUAUGCCAUUCAUGAUCUUUUGCACAUCUACGAAGUUACCAUUCAGUCUCAUACCCACCAAGCUUACUCAAACGGUCCCUAUAAGUCAGGCCUGAUUCCUCGUGACAGUCUCAUAAAAGCCAUCCAGCUGAAUCCUGGCAAGAUUGUCCUUUUCCUUCACACGGUGCUAAUGUGGCCAUACAAACUUCCUAGUGAAUUAUUGGCGGGGGUGUGAUUAAGGUGGGUGCCGGUAAAAUUUUUUGAAAUUUGACUUACACAAUACCAGAUCUUAACACUUAUCCGAUGAAAGGCAAAUCAUAAACAGGAGAAAGUCUGCAGAUGCUGGAAAUCCAAAGCAACACACACAAAAUGCUGGAGGAACUCAGCAGGUCAGGCAGCAUCAAGGGCAUUGAAUGAGCAGACAACGUUUCUGCUGAGACCCUUCACAGAAGUGAGAAGGAAGGGAAAGAU